AUGUCAAAUAUAAUCACAUGCCUCAUCGUCCUUACCGUCUACAUGACAGCACCAACACAGUCAAAAAUAACGUGUGGGACAGUGACGAGCACACUGGCACAGUGCGUGAGCUACUUGACCAACAGUGGUCCAUUGCCAUCAGGAUGCUGCACGGGAGUUCAGUCACUGAACCAAAUGGCUCAGACCACAUCGGACCGCCGACAAGUAUGCGAGUGCCUUAAAUCAGCGGCCAAGGAAAUCAAUGGCUUCAACACCGGCCUUGUGGCCACACUCCCUACCACUUGUGGUGUCUCAGUUCCCUACCCCAUUAGUUUCAGCACCAAUUGUGACAAUAUAUCGACUGCCGUGUAAAAGAGGCUACGGAGAUGUAAGACUUAUCAAAGUUGCCAGCUUUUAAGCUAAAUAAAAAGUAUUCUGCCAAAUGUAAUCAGCCGUCUCGUAUGGUAAUAAAGACAAAUGAGCUCUCUCUCUCUCUCUCUCUCUCUCCGAUUUGCAAAGAUGCAUGUAUAUAUAAGUAUGAAGGAAAAGGCCAGGUGUAUCAGUGGUACACGUACCGUACAUGCGUACUUAUUUGAACAACCGUACAUGCGUACUUGCACGUAGCAUCAGAGAUAGCACUUACUGUCUUACAAUAUUUGCAAUGAGAUUUUAUAAAACCCUAAGGCACUCACGGGAACUGCAUGUGUAUGUUUGUCGUGCGUUGUCCGCCGAGGUUUUAACUUAACACGCGGCGGUAGAAACUAAAUGUCUAUAAAAUAUAAAGUCUCGAUACACUACUCAUGUAGUGGCAAUUGGCAAACGAAGAUAAUUCGGUUUAAACUUUCGGAGUUAAAGAAAAGAAGAUGCACAUUCGUGUUUGAACUCGUGUUGUGACAUUUUAUUUCUAAGGCGUACAACAUAUAUUACAUAAUAACUUCACUUUUAAAACACACUAGUACGUCUGUACGUGACCGGUUUAUGUGGGUGGAUGAAUGGUGGUGCUACAGAACUAGUUUUCUCACCAGUCACCUCAAUGAUCAAAAUGGCUUUAUAUAUAUUUUUUUUCAACCAAAACUUUUCAAUUCUUUUUCGAAAUAUAUUUUGAUCAUUGACAUGUUUAGUCGUACAGGCUCUCUUAUUCAAAUGAGUAUUUACCACCAUCCAGAUCAACGAGAGCGCACCAAUCUUGAGUUGGGCUUGCACCAAUUAUAUUGAUCCUAAAUUCAAACGACUCCCCAAAUAAGUCAUUUUAAACUUGAG